AUGUCCAAGCCCAUCCUCAUCGUGGACUCACACAUCCACCUAUUCCCCGAAUCCCACCUACCGACCUUGGCCUGGCACGGGCCCCAAAACCCACUGGGCGCUCAGCACUCGGUCAUCGAGUACCGCCAGGCGACUGCCUCUGCCUCCGCGAUCGCGACCAGCCCGAGCGCCGCCCGCGGCGCAGCGCCCUAUCUCCGGGGCUUCAUCUUCCUAGAGACCGACCGCAUCUCCUCGGUGGAGGAAGACUCGGAGAACCGCGGCUGGUCCCACGCGCUGGACGAGGUCUCCCUCCUGACGCGGAUCAUCGCGGGCGACCCCGUGCCCGGGGAGGGCCAUACGGCGGCGGAUCGCCAUCUGUGUCUUGGGUUGGUGCCGUGGGCGCCGGUGCCCGGGGGUCCCGGGGUGUUGGAGAGGUAUAUGGGGCUGGUGCGGGAGCGGACGGGGGAUGCUCUGUUCCACAAAGUCUGCGGGGUUCGGUAUCUGGUUCAGGAUAAGCCCGCCGGGGUGAUGGUGCAGGCGGGGUUCGUGGAGGGGUUGCGAUGGCUGGGGCGACAGGGGCUGGCGUUCGAUCUGGGGGUCGAUGCGAGGCAAGGCGGGAUGUGGCAGUUGAGGGAGGCGGCGGAGAUGUUGAGGUUGGUGUUUCGGGAU